AUGCAUGGCUAUCCUCCCUAUCCAGUUCCUUAUCCCAUGAUGGUUGGUGGAUAUCCAGCUCCCCCGCAACCAGGGCGGCCAGGGAAGAUGCCUGAAGUUCCUACAAAAGGUCGUAGAAGGAGGAAAAAGAUCGCGCAGGGUGGACCAAAGAAACCAGCAACGUCGUUCGUCAUGUUUUCUAACGCUCACAGAGAGGAGGUGAAGGCUGCCAACCCUGGCCUCUCGUUCAUCGACGUGGGGAAGAAGCUUGGCGAGAUGUGGAGGGAGAUGGAUCCCACUGUGAGGAAGGAGUGGGAGGAUAGGGCCACAGCGGCCAAGGACGAGUAUCUGGAAGCGAAGAAGAUCUGGCUUGCUCAACGAGCUGCUGGAAUGGCUGCAGGUGCAGAGAAUCUUGAAGACUAG